GGGGAAAGGGCCAGCGGGGGACGCUGGGCUAGGGGCUGCGGACCACUUGGCAGGAGCCAGCGAAGAAACUUGGGGGAGACCCUCUUCGGGUCCUCAGGAGGCGCGGGGGACAGGCCGCUGUCUCCGCGCCCAGCAGUUGCGGCGCGCGAAGCGUUAGAUGAAAGGCCACGUAGGGCUUUCGGCACCCUCUGGUGGUUCUUCCCCGUGUCCCCCGCGACCCUCGUCUUUCCCCUCCCCCAUCAGCCGGUUUUGUUCUAUUUCCAGGCCCUGGCGUGUCGCGGAGAGUUCUGGGUUGGGGCGGAGGUGGGAAAGGGCAGGCCUUGCGCGAGAGCUGCCGGGACUUGUAGUUCCGCCGGCCGCGGGCGGAAGUUCUGUGGCCCCGACGUUGACGUGCCCGAGUGGCCUUUGGUCAUCUGAAAUCCGCAGCAGCGGGUGCGGAGCGGCCGGAGGAGGGCGGGGCGGGGCGGGUUUCGCAGCGGCCGUCUGCGGCAGCGAGGUAGGGAGAUCACCGGAACGAGACCCCCCGCCCGCAUACGGUCGGGACCGCGGGCCUGCCCUCUGCACCUCUACGUCCUGCGAGCAGGGUGCCGGAUGAGAACAUAGAAGGAAGAGACAUUUCUUUUAUAUAGAAUGCUUCAACCACUGGAUUGAUUGCCUGUGAAGAAAACGAGGUAUUUCUCUGAGGCCUGUAUCCUGCCUGUCUUUUCUUGAAGUAUUCUAAAUCAGGAUGUCUGCACAGUCAGUGGAAGAAGAUUCUAUACUUAUCAUCCCAACUCCAGAUGAAGAGGAAAAAAUUCUGAGAGUGAAGUUGGAGGAGGAUCCUGAUGGUGAAGAGGGAUCAAGUAUCCCCUGGAAUCAUCUUCCUGACCCAGAGGUUUUCCGACAGCGAUUCAGGCAGUUUGGAUACCAGGAUUCACCUGGGCCCCGUGAAGCUGUGAGCCAGCUUCGAGAACUUUGCCGUCUAUGGCUCAGGCCAGAGACACAUACAAAAGAACAAAUCUUGGAGCUGGUAGUGCUAGAGCAGUUCGUUGCCAUCCUACCCAAGGAGCUGCAGACUUGGGUUCGAGAGCAUCAUCCAGAGAAUGGAGAGGAGGCAGUGACGGUGCUGGAGGAUUUAGAGAGUGAACUAGAUGACCCCGGACAGCCGGUUUCUCUCCGUCGACGAAAACGGGAAGUGCUGAUAGAAGAGAUUGUAUCUCAAGAAGAAGCUCAGGGAUUACCAAAUUCUGAGCUUGAUGCUGUGGAAAACCAGCUCAAGUGGGCAUCUUGGGAGCUCCAUUCCUUAAGGCACUGUGAUGAUGAUGCUAGGACUGAAAAUGGAGCGUUGGCUCCAAAGCAGGAGAUUUCUUCAGCAGUAGAAUCUCAUGAAGUUCCUGGCACUCUCAAUAUAGGUGUUCCUCAGAUUUUUAAAUAUGGAGAAGCCUGUUUCCCUAAGGGCAGGUUUGAAAGAAAGAGAAAUCCUUCUAGAAAGAAACAACAUAUAUGUGAUGAAUGUGGAAAACACUUCAGUCAGGGCUCAGCCCUUAUUCUUCAUCAAAGAAUCCACAGUGGAGAGAAACCCUAUGGAUGUGUUGAAUGUGGAAAGGCAUUCAGCAGAAGUUCUAUACUUGUGCAACACCAGAGAGUCCAUACUGGAGAAAAACCUUACAAAUGUCUUGAAUGUGGAAAAGCCUUUAGCCAGAAUUCUGGGCUUAUUAAUCAUCAGAGAAUCCAUACUGGGGAGAAACCUUAUGAAUGCGUUCAGUGUGGGAAAUCCUAUAGUCAGAGCUCAAAUCUUUUUAGACAUCAGCGAAGACACAAUGCAGAAAAACUUCUGAAUGUUGUGAAAGUUUAAGAAAUUAAAAAAAAAAAAAGUCAGCACUCAGGUCUAUUUCUUCAGAAAUGAAGACAAAAUUAAAAACAUGGAAUGAUACAUAAUAGUUUGGUUUCCCUUAGAAUGUUAGAAAAUUCACUGGGAAAUGUAGAAAAUUGUCACCCACCAUUAUUAUUUUAUCUUGAAAGAAAUGGUGUCAUACCUGCCUAGAACCUGAAAUUUUAAGCUUAAUUCACAUGUUAAUGCCUAAAUCUUCCAUGUGAUGUUUAUAUUCUUACUAUUUUUUCCAAAUGAUCUACUCGAUUCUUUGUCUCUUUCUUAAAAUGUUCCUUUGUAAACAAAUAACAUUAAUCCUGUGUUGAUCAGUGAAAUGGUCUUUGCAAGGAUACAUUCCCUUCUACAUUAAAAGGCAACAUAGGAAUUAUGAAGUCUGAAAACCGAAAUCAUCUUUUCAACAUUUACUCUUCUGUUUCUUUUUACCAAUUUUGGAUAUGCAUUUCAGAAAAUAGAAGAUAAAGGAUGAUUAAAAGCUUCAAAGUAAAAUUAGAAGUGAUGGUGAUAAAUCAUCGAAAAGAAUGGGACACCUAGAUUGGGAAAGAUAAAAAUAUUUUGAUUCAAGAAUUGAAGUGUAUCAGGAAUUUAUCUAAAUGUAAUUAUCUGCCUGUAGGAAAAUAAAAAACGACACGUCCUAAUUUGGA